GACGAGGUACUACAGAUUCGACGGCGAGGCCGUGGGCCCAAAGCAAGAUCAGAUCAUCUUUCUCUGCCAAAAGGUCAACAUGCCGGCGCUGAUCUUCCUACCUGAGCAUGUCCGCCAACGGCUCGCGAAGAACAUCGAAGAUGAAUCAAGUUUCUUUCGCCAGAUGGCCGUCGAUGUCGAGUUGCUCAACCGGCGCAUCAAGUUGUUGAAGUCAAUCGCCGAUGCGUUAGACAAAAUCUUCACUGAAAACACCGCCUUCGACUACAAGUUUGGGACCACGAAUACAAACAGUCAAGCCACCCUCAUCGAUCUCGACAGCGACGAAGUUGACAAAGACUCCAUCGGCCAAUCCACAAACGACACUGAAUUCACCGACGACGACUUGCUUUGAGACGAGUGGGAGGGGGGCGUCUCUUCACGAACCACAUCAGUUAUGUUAAAUGAAUUUGUCGUGGCGACUCUUUGUAGUUAUGACACAAUCAGAUAUUGUGAUCUUCUUCC